AUGGAGCAGGGCGACAAGAAGAUAAUGGGGCUUGAGGAGGGGUGGAGCUUUGUGGCCACCGGCUUGUCCAAUAUUAGGCGCGCCACCGAUGGCGGCGGCGAGGGCUUAUCCUCCGAGGAGUACAUGCAGGUCUUCACGUACGUACUGCACUGCACUGCUCUCAUCUACUCUAUAUUUGAAGCUACCUGGUUCAGUUUCCUUGGGUCACCAUCACCAGUCACCACCCCUCUAUCUGAGUGUGUUCUUGGCAUUGCGCGCGGUAGGACGGUGUACUGCAUGUACACUCAGGCGUCGCCUCACAACUACUCCGAGCAGCUGUACCAACGCUACAAGGAGGAUCUGGAUGACUACAUCAAAUCCAACGUGCGGACGCUAGCUUCGUAA